CCAUUUUCGAGUUUUAGCGAGACUAACGAACAGCAAUUCAUUUUAAAUGUAAGAUUUAUGAACCUGACUAGCUGACACAUUACUCUCUUUAUUUCCAGAUGGUACGCGUAAGCGUCGUGGUGGCGCUAUGCGCGGUCGUCGCGUGCGCCGGCGCAGCUGAGACCUCAUCUCGUUUCCCGGACUUGCAGCCAGAUAAGCAGAUGGAGGUUGACGACAUGGUGCACAACCUUCUACAGUGGAUCCAAGGGUUAUACCAGCAGAAUAACAGGAAAGCUCGCCAGUACUUCGGUGGGAAACCUGAAAAACCGAGGCCUUUUGAACCUGCAAACAACUACCUACCGCCAGCUACCGGAUACCCGCCUUCAGGCACUCGGCCAUCAUUAAGCUACAACGAGGGUCCAGCUCAGCCCAGCCAACCUGAAAACCAACCCAGCGAGAGCCCAUACCAACCCCAACCUGACACGCCGUACCAGCCAAGCUACAAGCCUAGUCAACCCACACAACCGUCCUACCAACCUCAGCCUUCAUACCAACCCAGUCCUUCCACUCCUAAUUACCAGCCGUCUCAACAGCCGUCACAGCCGUCGUCUGGAUAUCCGUCGUCAACCGGGUACUCACCUUCCCCGACCUACCAACCUCCUAAAAACGGGUACCCAUCAUCCCAACCCAACUACGUUCCAAGCCAAAUAGACGAAACUACAACAACUACUCAGGGAAGCUAUAUAUCAUCAGAGACUGGGAGCUCCAGUUUUACAUCAAGCUCCAGUUCAGGAUCUAGUUCCGUUUCGACUUCUAAUUCUGGUUCGGUCAGUGCUUCCAACGCCGAAAGUUCAGAGACAUCAGAGUCUUUAGCUCCUACGGUAGAUGAUGAAGACCGUCACCCUCCUCACAUCCAUGACAUCACAGUCGACUGCGGCAAAGAAAUGAUGACCAUCAACAUUGAAUUCAACAAGCCCUACAAUGGUCUCAUUUACUCUCAAGACCAUUACAACGAGCCUGAGUGCAUCUACGUCAGAGAAAACUCGAACCAAGCUAAGUUCUCGUUCACAGUCAGCUUGAACACUUGCGGCACUAGAUUUUACAGCGACUUUGAAAAUGAAGGUCAAGCGUAUUUGGAAAACGUGCUUGUAUUGCAAAAUGAAAUUGGCAUCCAAGAAGUCUGGGACCACAUUAGGAGAGUCAGAUGUUUGUGGGAGGGUAAUCUUAAGAAGCAGCUCGUUUCGUCUCUUAGCGUAGGAAUGUUGAACCAGAUUACCAGCAACUUCAGCGGUGAUACUGCUAUGGCAAGGUUAGACAUUCAAACUGGUAAAGGUCCAUUCGCACCUGAAGCCGACGGCCUCGUGAAGAUCGGUCAAAUGAUGACUCUUGUUGUCUCAGUCUCAGGAGACGCUGGUUUCGAUAUCCUUGUGAGAGAAUGUGUAGCGAAAGAUUCAGAGAGCCGUAACGUUGUACCUCUGACCGAUAGCAAUGGAUGUGUUAUCAAAACUAAAGUCUUCGGCGCCUUCCGAAAGACCAGGGAAACAGGAAACACUGGAGCAUCUGUCAUAGCCUAUGCGUACUUUAAUGCCUUCAAGUUCCCUGAUGAAAUGGACUUGAUUAUUCAGUGCGAGGUUGAGCUCUGCAAGACUGACUGUUACGUUUGCCCUAACCCUGGAAGUUACGAGCCUAAGAGGAGACGACGUGACGUCAUUCACAUGGGAAAUAGGACUGAGGAGCCUACGACUAUAGUUGGUAAAGGUUUAAGGGUUGUCUUCGCCGAAGAUUUGCCGCAGCCAACUGGCUUUUGUCUGUCCCCACCAGCGGCUUUAUGGAGCGGUUCUCUAAUACUCUUCGCUUCAUUGAUGAGCAGUAUCCUUGUUUCGUACUGUUGGCAGAAAUCGCGGGGUUCCGCAAAGUUUACGUAAGGUAGUCUUUAAACUCUGGUCUUUCCUUUCUUUCUAUUAUUUAAAGACAAGCGAAUAAACCAUUUGCUUACUCCAUCUAGCCUAGAUUAAGUAUUUAUAAUUAUGUUUUUGCAGAGAGAAGUACAAAACUUUUGGAGUGACUUGACUUGAUAGUAAUUGUCUUUAUUAUUGAAUACACAGAAGGAGACACACAUAGAGCGAAUGAUAUUUGCAUUUUAUGUGAUCUUUCACCGAUUUCUAUAAUAUGAACAAAUUUCUUGGUGAGUGUCCUCAGUAGCUCAGUUAUUUAAACAACUUACGCGUUGAGGAAUCGUCGGGUUGAGUCCUGUCUGGGCUUAUUUCAUUGCAUUUUUGUAUUUAAUUUCAUAUACUAAUUUGGUCUGGCUUUGCAACCAAACUGUCAUC